UGGGAGCACCUGGAGCGCGAGCUCAGAACGAGACUCCACGGGUUGUAAGAAAAUGGCAGACAAGCCGGACAUGGGGGAAAUCGCCAGCUUCGAUAAGGCCAAGCUGAAGAAGACCGAGACGCAGGAGAAGAACACCCUGCCGACCAAAGAGACCAUUGAACAGGAAAAGAGGAGUGAAAUUUCCUAAAAGCCCGGACCGGAGGAUUCCCCACCCCACCCCACCACGUCAUCUCCGAGACCCCCUCGUGAUGUGGAGGAAGAGCCACCUGCAACAUGGACGCGAGCCACAAGCUGCACUGUGAACCCGGGCACUCCGUGCCGAUGCCACCGGCCGGCGGGUCUCUGAAGGGGGACCCCCCACUAAUCGGACUGCCAAAUUUCACCGGUUUGCCCUGGGAUAUUAUAGAAAAUUAUUUGUAUGAUUGAUGAAAAUAAAACACCUCGUGGCAAAAAAAAAAAAAA